ACCUCUUUGUGUGGUGUCUUCAUUCAGUCAGAUUGCUUUAGUUAACAUACGGGUUCUGCAGUAAACACGUGUCGUCGCUCAGCUGCUCACACUGGGGACAAAAGAGGCAGAAAAAUGGGUCAGAGUCGUGAUGAAGCCGUGAGCAUUGCUUUGGAUCGACUCACUAACGCAGAUUAACGCAGUCCGUUUAAACGCGCGCUCAUUUGCCGGGUGCGUGUGUGUGGGUUUUUUUUAUCUGUUUGGUGUUGCCUCAUAGCUCGGCGCGUUGUGUUUCCUCUCUCGGUCUUUUGUGUGCACAACGGGAAGCCCUAGGUUUGUUUUUUUGAUCCGAUAACGUAAAAAACAACAGAAUCAGUAUUUAAUACGUGGUGUUUGCAUCGUGUGAGAGCUCUCAGUGUGAUGCAGUGCCUGAAGACACCAUUUUAGACCACAGUCCUUGUGAGCAUCUUUAAGGAGCUCCAUGAAGACCUGAUGUUUAAGUAGGAUUUUCAGGUCGCAUGAAAUCUGCCUGCCUAGGAUGCCUGAGAUCAUUUUCUGGAUGACGAUGUUGACUGUUUCAUCCCCCUGGGAGCUAAUUUGGUGAUUUCAGUGAAGAAAAAGGAGCAAAGUCCUACUGAGAUAGAUGACUGCACAUGAACUGCGGACCCAAAGGACUUGAGACCGUCUAAUGGCAUUGUACAUACACAUACAAGGAACUGCAGGUUUUAAUCCUUUCCCAUCAGGACUCUGAGAAGCCUGUGGAUCUCCUGAGCUCUGAAAGCCAUGUUCCCAGCCCAUCAACACUCCUUCGGGGCAGCUAAGCUGCUUCUUGGGGCUCUGAUCUUUCUCCAGGCUUGCAGUUGCGCUUUGAGCUCCAGUGGUGAGACAUGUUACUCCAGACAGCAUCGAGAUACCAUUGUGAAUGUGCGCAAGGCUCUGGAUCAUCAAAAGACCGUAAUGGAUGUCAGGAAGAAAGAGGCAGAAAGAGACUGCAUCCUGGCCUGUUGCUCAAAGGAGCUGAAACCAGGUAUAAAGUGCAACAUGGUGGUGUAUAAGCCAUCAAGCCAAGAUGGUAUUGAGAACUGCUACCUGUUUCAUUGUGAAACUGAGCAGGACUGCCCUCUGAUGUCAGCCAUGCCUGGGACUAACACUUAUGAUAUAUUCAAAGGUUUGACACACCCUUCUGCAAAAGGAAAGGAGAAAGUACCCACAAUGCCCAUUACGAUAACAAAACAACCUACUACUACUCAAGCUACAUCAACAACCACAACACCAACAACCACAACCCGGCCCACCACUACAACAAGUACCACACAGUCCUCUACAACCACAGCUCCUACUACAGCAACCACCUCCACCACAGCGCCCACAGAACUGUCAAUUAUCCUCCUUACGAUGCCUGUUGAAAUCACACCAACCACUACAUCAACUACAACAACAACAACAACACAAUCAACAACUACAACCACAAAGGUACCUUCCACACCGAGCACCACAACAACUACACAUCCAGUCCAACCACCACAGCCACCCCCAAAUCCAAUCAGACCUUCCAAAAAGCAGAUCAGGCCACCAAAAAAGCCAGAGCCCCAUGGGAAACCCAGUGCUAAAGUAGUUGAGAUUCCAACCUUACAAAAACAAGCCAUACAGAAAACUAUGAUACCUACUACUGCUACGCCAAGUACAACUACUACUACAUCUACAACCACUACAACUACUACAACUACAACCACUACAACUACUACUCCUGCUACAACCACAACUACUACUCCCUCUACAACCACAACUACUACUCCUUCUACAACCACAACUACUACUCCUUCUACAACCACAACUACUACUCCCACUACGACUACAACUACUACUCCCACUACAACUACUACAUCCACUACAACUACAUCCACAACUACUACUGAAAGGACAACGAUAGUCGUCGUAGAAAUGGAGAAUGAUCUGAAAAAUGGAGAUUCAGGCCCUGACCCUCCAGCAGUAGGUUCUGCUUCAGAUAAGGCUAAGGAGUCACAUUUGAUGUGGAAGAAUAGUCUGGCUUUGCUGGUUGUGCUCACACUCAUCAUUCUAAUGUUUGUCGUGGUCGUCAUGGGCCGCAGAGCCAUGGAAUCCUUUGACAGGAGACACUACACAAGACUGGAACUCAACGACCUUCACUAUGAGAUCUAACGCUCAACCAAAUCCUUGAUGAUCAAAGAGACAAUCCCAUUCAAUUUUGAAAUUUAUUUUUUUCCCUGUCAGCUCACUAAAACAAAAUAUUUUGAUAUGUACGACAUUUUGGGUUGAGAAAAGUCACAUGUUCCCCACUCAUAAGAUGUUGUAACUGCUGGAGGGAUGUAACAAGAUGGAGACUGAGAAAGAGUUUAGGGUUGUGGGGAAUGAAAAGCAAUACAAAGACCUCAGGAAGCUUAAAAAUUUAGGACUAGAAUACUGUUGGACAUUCUUUGCUAUGGUAAUGCAUUAGUCAUUAACAUUUCCUCUGUGUAAGACCAGUCAAUCAAUAAUUAAGCUGAUAUAAGAACAGCUGCAUAAUCAAGUCACUCCUUUCUGAGGCUUCAUUUGUUCACUCACUUUGGCCUGUUCGCGUAUGACUUGAUUUAGGUAUGAAGUUAAACCAUGCCACUAGCAAACCAGUACUCCACUACUUUAACCAAGUCAAAAACAGUACUCAGUUGCAUAUCAGAUUAAACAUAUUUGUUGUUUUUGGUUAUUGAGUGAUUAAUGCCUUUACUGCAGGGUGUUAAUAAAGGAAUAAAAGACAGGAUAUACUGAAAAAGAUGGUUCUGUUCUUCAGACUUUCACAAGCACCUUUAUAUGGCCAUAUCUAUUCAGGACUUCCUUACCGAAAAACAACAGCUUUUCAAACUGUACUUACUUGCUGUACAUUGAAUCUUUGUGAUUUUAUUUUCCACUAUGUUGUACUGUGUAUUUACAUUUAUUACACCGAUCCAUAGGAAAGUCUGUCAUGCACUGUUCACAUUGUGCCGCACUUCUGUUUUGUGUCUAAACAAAUACUACUUCUUGGUGGUAAAUUACAUUGGAUGUGCACUAUUUUCACAUGAAUACUUUCAUAACGAGCAGGCGUGUGAAGGUGUGUGCAGACGUGUGUGAGGUGGUCUACUCUAGUUAACUGUAACACUUGCUAAGAGCAUGCAUGGAAAAUGUCAUUUGCAAUAUUCGCUGUGUUCCAGUAUGGUUUUUAACAUGCCUUUGUCGACUUCCACUUAUUAUUUGGGAGUGUGUAUCAACUAAUUCAUACAGCUUGCAGCACUAGACAGUGGCUGUUUAACUAAAGCAUAAAGCUAAUAUUAUACUUUUAAAAUACUAAUACUUAUUAAAAACUACUCCAUCCAUUUAAAGGAAUUUGCAAAGCCAGCUGGACGAGUUCUGCUACUGUAACUUAUAGAUAUUGACACAACUCCUACAGGGCCCAAACUCAGCUAACAGACUUCAGCUAAUGAAGUACUACAGUGGGCCUUAUGAUGGCGACUUGGAUGAAGAAGGGAAGUCAAACCAGGGCUUGUUACAAACUGUUUUAAAACGCACCUGGCAUAUAUCGAAACAUCGAAUUAGCUGUAAUUGCAAUUUUUGACCAGAGGUGGUAGCAGUCACUCAGUUGAACCUGCAGCCGCCUUCCUGCUCCUGUGCUCCAUUUUAAGGAACUCGGUUAAGUUGCACAGAUAUUUUCAUGUUUUUCUUGAAUUGCUUUUUGUAUUUUAAUAUCACUGUAUAUAUAAGAUGGUGAUGGUUUGGUCUUGUUUUUGUGAGUGGUUGCUUUUAACAAUUCCAAUUUAUUGUAGGCUACUAUUUUCUCUGGCAAAAAUAAAACAUUAAUUCUUUGAA